AUGUACAAUCAAACCGAUUUCCAUCAAAUUGAGUCAGUUCGCCAGCACCUUCUUGCCGAUGAAUCUUCACUGGGGAUAAACACUACCAAUUCAUCGGUAUAUUUCCGGAAUUUUAGCUUUAACAAGCUCUUCUUGACAGAGAACGACUGGAGUGAUAUUCUAUCACAGAUAAACAACUCGAGUCAAACCGUGGCCUAUGACACUCUAGAGCCAGAACCCUUCAAUAUGCAAAUGCAAUGGGUUUCUUCGAACCCUGUUGAUUCAACAAUCACUAACACGGCUAAGUAUGAGCCUGAGACAAAUGUUGCCAGUGCAAUAUCCCCCACGCCACCAAAGGAGCGGAAUAACUACAGGGGAGUGAGGAGAAGGCCAUGGGGGAAAUACGCGGCGGAGAUUAGAGACCCUAAGAAGAAUGGUGCAAGAAUAUGGCUAGGGACUUACGAGACACCUGAGGAUGCAGCUCUGGCUUAUGACCAAGCUGCUUUUAAGAUGCGAGGAGCAAAAGCUAAGUUAAAUUUUCCACAUCUGGUAGGCUCCAACGACUAUCGGCCUGUUAAAGUGACUAAUAAGCGCUCAUCCUCGGAGUCAUUAUUGUGGACGUCCUCGUCGUCGUCAUCAUUCUCAUCAGAGCUGGAUGAUGGAUCCCCGAAAUUGAAGCGGAGAAUGAUUUAG